AUGCUCCCAAAAUCAAUCGGCAAUCUUUCUUCUCUUCAAACAUUUUAUGCAGAAGGUUGUAACCUCAAGGGCCAUCUUCCAAAAGAAAUUGGAAAUUUGAGAAAUCUAUCUUCUAUGAGGCUGGAAGAUAAUAACUUCAUUGGAAUUGUCCCACCGACAAUAAGUUCGUUGAAAAAGCUUCAACAUCUUUCACUUGGUGCAAAUAGAAUAAGUGGUCAUUUUCCAAUUGUUUUAUGUGAGUUACCCAACUUAAGCAUGCUAAACCUUUCACAAAAUCAAAUGUGGGGUAGCAUUGCUAGUUGCCUGGGGGAUAUGACUUCUUUAAGGGAGAUUUAUCUUGGUCCCAAUAACUUCACUGCUAGCAUACCUUCAAAAAUCGGAAACCUCAAGGAUGCAAUACUUCUAGAUCUUUCCUGGAACCAAAUCUCAGACAACAUUCCAAGUACAUUGGGAGGACUGCAUAAGUUGAUUCAACUAUCUUUGGCUCAUAACAAAAUUGAAGGAUCUAUUCCUCAGACAUUUGGGAAACUCGUAGAUUUAGAAGCAUUGGAUCUUUCGUAUAACAAAAUAUCUAGUGUAAUUCCAAAAUCAUUAGAGGAACUUAAGCAGCUAGACUCCUUUAAUGUCUCAUUCAACAGACUGAUAUGGACUGUAGUUGCCCCUUCAAUUAUCAUUGUAAUAGGAAUUACUUCAGCAAUAAUUUUCGUGUUGAUGAGACGUCGGGGUAAAACAAUCAAUGCUGAAGAUAAAUGGUUGCCUGAGGUAGCACCACAAAGGGUUUCUUACUAUGAACUUCAAAGAGCAACUCAGGGCUUUGAUGAAAAUAACUUGCUAGGUAGUGGAAGUUUUGAUUCUGUUUACAAAGGGAUAUUGGCAGAUGGGGUGAUAGUAGCUGUCAAAGUUUUCAAUGUGCAACUUGAAGGUACAUUUCAAACCUUUGAUAGAGAAUGUGAAAUCUUGAGGAAUCUUCAUCACAGAAAUCUCACGAAGAUCAUUAGUAGUUGUUGUAACUUGGAUUUUAAAGCAUUAGUACUAGAGUACAUGUCAAAUGGGAGCUUAGAUAAAUUGUUAUACUCUCGAGAUUACUGUUUAACUAUAAUGCAAAGAUUGAAUAUCAUGAUUAGUGUUGCAGCUGCUUUGGAAUAUCUCCAUCAUGAUUACUCAUUGCCGGUUAUUCACUGUGAUAUGAAGCCUAGCAACGUGUUACUUGACAACGACAUAGUGGGACGCCUGACUGACUUUGCCACAAUUGGUUACAUUGCUCCAGGUGAAUUCUUUUAUUUAACUUAUAAUAAUGUUAUGGAUUAACGCAUUAAAAGUUUAUUUUUUGACAUACUUUCUUUUUUCUUUUUAGAGUAUGGUUUGGAAGGCCUUAUAUCCAAGAGGUCCAACAUUUAUAGUUAUGGUAUCAUAUUGCUAGAAACUUUUACCAAGAAGAAACCUAGUGAUGAAAUGUUCGGGGGAGAUUUGAAUUUGAGAAGCUACGUGCAUAAUUUACUUCCUCAUGAGUUGGAUCAAAUCUUAGAUGCUGACUUGCUAACACUAGAUGAAGUGAACUUAAGUUAGAAGCUGCAAUGUGUGUCAUCCAUUAUGGAGUUAGCCUUGAAAUGCACAACUAAUAUUCCAGGGGAAAGGAUGAAUAUGACUGAUGUUGUAACAACACUGGAAAAGAUCAAACAAAAGCUUUCUUCUUGUUAUUGAACGACCUAGCGAAAUGACGUCAGGUACUUUGCACAUACCUUUA